AUGCUAGGACAAUCCCAAGUCGUCAAAUAUCUCGACCAAUGUAAUGGGGACCUCGUGGCCAUUGAGGAGGUGCUGAGUGCCUAUAUCGUGUGGAAAUACCUCAAGGGCUCCACAUCGGCACAGGUUCUCAUGAAGAUCAAACUCCUCACAAUUUUCCUGCGAGUAACGGGUCGUCGUCAGCUGCUCGAAACGGCAGCAGAUGUGUUCAAAGUGCUCACGCUGGAGGUCUCGCUUGGCGGUGGCCGCGUCGGGCAGCUUGCAGGCCAGACGGUGCAAGGCAAAGCAAUUUGGAAUGAACUUCGCCGUCGAUCGCCCAAUCUUGUCACUGAUGGAGUUUACGGCGGUCCCGGUCCAGUCCAUACCUUCCUUUCCAAUGCGCAAAGCCGACCGUUCAGUACUGAUACCGCCACUCGCACGCCUUGGGCCGAACGAUAUUUCGUUGCCCGUCAAGCUUUUGGUCGCGUCCCGGUUUUGCACGAAGAUACCAGCGCAGGACAGCGAGUGACGACCCUUCCCGCCUACGUUAGUCGCGACUAUGCAUUAGCUAGUCCGUUUUAUGUUCCCAUACAAGCCAAUUAA